AUGAAAAGCAUGGCCUACAACGGGAACGUCUCCCCGCCCCUGGAAACCCUGCCAGGGAUGCGGCGAGAUCCUCGCAGUGCUCACCGUAUGCAUACAUCAACGUCGACAGAGAGCGAGGCAGGAGCUCAGGCGUUCAAUCUCCGACAAAAGUACGCUGAGUUACUCAUACACUACUAGGAGUCGGGACUGCUUUUUGGUCCGAUAAUUCAGCGUACGUAGCAGUUUACAUCCGGAACAGCACACGUAGCCAUUCGGCUACCCUGCCAGGGUGGGGAGAUUUCACCCUGUCAAGGUCACCCUGGAAAGACUACGCUGCAGGCUUGACCCAAUGGCAGGGUGGGUACCCUGCGAGGGUACUGAUCCCACACCCUGUACGUACCCUGCCACUCAGGGACCCUCGCGGGGUGCACACCCUGGGAAAACCCUGUGGAGACCGUGUCAGCCAAGUGGUACUGACGGGGCCGAAAAUUAGGACAUUUUCCUUUCGAAAUUUAUAUGUUUGGUCGUUUUCUCUUUGUAUUUUUUGUUUCAUUUGUCUUUUUUUUGUUUUCCCUUGUCCCUUGCAGCAGCAUGUACUGUAGUGCUCCUAGACGUACACACACGCUCAAGCUCAUAUACGCCAUAUAUGUCGCCUUUUGACACCCCCCCGCCCCCCGCCCUGAUCCGUGCCUUUCCUUGCUUCCCCCUCCCUUCGUAACAUGUACAACUCCGGCGCGUCAAUUCCAUCAACAAACAACGUACCGCAUGAUACUGCUUUUAUGAAGGGACCUCAGGGCACCCAAUAUAUACCUCCCCUCCAGGGUACAUGACGACGUCACCGAUUGCACGUACAGAGGCCGAACGCUGCACGCAAUAUAUAAUGCUUCUUCGACAUAACACGAACGAACACGCUCCAUGUGCCCAGCAUAGCCAGCUGGCAAUGAAUGCC